UUACCCAGUUACAGAAAUGGGUAAACAGUUGUAAGUUGCUUUGGAGAAAAGCAUAAGCUAAAUUAACAUUCGAAUAAUGUAAAUCAUCAUGUUGUUAGUUGUUUUCAGCGGUAACAGAAAUGAACGUAGUUACAGUAAACAUCUUCUUAUCAACAAAGCCACGCAAUAUUGUUGAAACACAGAGACGUCUCUGCAAAUUACAAUACACACGUGCUUUUAUUUAUUGAAUGUAACAAGGAAUGGAAAAUUAACAAAGAGUGGAUGUAGCACUCGGCUAUAGUGACUGUGAUUGUGAACCUUUGCUUUGUUUUUAGCGGAAGAGACUCUUCAAUUGUGUUCUGCUAAACAAGCUGCAAACCUUCCGCUCGUUUGAGAAUAGUAUGGGGGCAGCUUUUGCUUCGCAAAAGUUAUUCAUCUCGUGUUGUACAUACUUUACAUCUUUUGUAUUAGAAGUUUUACAAUUUCUUGUGUACAAUAAUAAUAACGUAUGAAGCCGUGCAGCGCAUUUCUCUCAGCUCCGUCCACCAUGUCACUUUUACCACAGUAAGCAGCAAGGCAGGACAACCCGGAAGAGCAUUAACUCCGAGUCGGACUGUGGCGCAGCGAUGCUAAGUUGAUAACUCAUUUUCAGGGAGAGAGAAAUAUCGCAGAGAGUAAACAUGUUAAUGCUGUUGCAUACGUUUGGCGAAUGUGGAGGGAGGUUUAUGAUUUAUACCUUCGUGCUGCUUUUUGUGAUCUUUGCGUGUUACUGCAUGUACGUGAAAUACAUUCAUAUGAAAUAUGAUCAUAUACCGGGGCCACCUAGAGACAGCUUUCUGUUUGGACAUUCUCCCGCCAUAUUGAGGGCAAUGAAAGAGGAUGAAGUCAUUCAUGAUAAAUUCCUGGAAUGGCAUGAGAAGUAUGGACCAGUGUGCCGCUUCAACAUGCUGCACUUCGUAGUUAUAACUGUGACAAGUCCAGAAGCUGUGAAGGAGUUUUUGAUGUCGUCGAAGUACCCUAAGGACCCUUAUAUAUAUGAACGACUCUUCAGCUUCUUUGGCACAAGAUUUCUUGGACAUGGCUUGGCUACGGACACGAACCAAGAUCACUGGUACAAACAGCGCCGAAUGAUGGACCCAGCAUUCAGCAACUUGUACCUGCGUGGGAUGAUAGAUACCUUCAAUGAAGUUGCUGAGGAUUUGAUGGAAAAACUGGAGGAGCUGGCAGAGAGCCACACUUCUGCACACAUGCAUAACCUGGUCAACUGUGUCACCCUAAGUGUCAUUGCAAAGGUUGCCUUUGGGAUCGAUUUGAAUUUGUUGGAAACUGAGUCACCCUUUCCCAAAGCCAUAGAGAAAGUCUUGAAUGGAAUUGUUUACUAUAUUAGAGAUCCAAUGAUGCUGUUUAAGCCUUGGAAGUGGAAGUUUAUUAAGGAGGUAAAGGAUGCCAUAAAGCUUCUGCGUAAAACUGGGGAGAAGUGCAUCACAGAGAGAAAAAGAGCUAUGCGGAAUGGAGAAAGUGUGCCAAAAGAUAUCCUCACACAGAUCCUUAAAAGUGCAGAGCAAGAUCAGCAUGAUGAUCUUGAGCAAAUGCUGGACAACUUCCUUACGUUCUUCAUAGCAGGGCAAGAAACCACGGCAAAUCAAUUAUCUUUUGCAAUAAUGGAACUUGGAAGGCACCCUGAGAUACUGAGAAAGCUCAGAAAGGAGAUUGAUGAUGUUCUUGGUGCAAAGAAAGAUAUUGAGUACGAAGACCUGGGGAAGUUAACCUACUUGUCUCAGGUUUUGAAAGAGACUCUCAGACUAUACCCCCCGGCUCCCGGAACAUCUCGAUGGGUUGCAGAAGACAUGGUGAUCAGUGGGAUUCAUGUUCCUGGAGGAGCCCAAGUUCUCAUGAACACUUAUGUGACAGGGAGAAUGGAGGAAUUUUUCCCAGACCCUCUGAAGUUUGAUCCAGAAAGAUUUCACCCUGAUGCUCCCAAGCCUUAUUUCACAUACUUUCCGUUUGCCCUGGGACCUCGCUCCUGCAUUGGAAAAACAUUUUCACAGAUGGAAGCAAAGGUGGUUCUGAGCAAGCUGGUGCAGAGGUUCGAGAUGCAGCUCAUCCCCGACCAAUCCUUUGACAUCAUGGACACAGGAACGCUGAGACCUCGGAGUGGUGUUGUGUGUAAUAUUCGAUCACGAAGUCUAGCAUCAGGCUAACUUGUAUACCCUGCCAGAAGGCACAUUCACACUUUCUGUCCUGAACACUAAGUAGAUUAUAGGAACAUUUAUGAAUUUACACAAAUUAAUAAUCACUCUGAAUUUUUAAUGAGAUAUUUGAAUAAUUCUUUAUCUUCAGCUUUUAACAUUUUAAAUGUAAUAUGUAAUAGUAUUUUUAGGUUUCCGCUAAAGAAGAAAAAACAGUAACGCUCAUGCUGAUGUGCUACUCAUUAUUUUCUAAAAUACCUGUAAUUUUUGGACAGACGUGUUUCAGCAAGAAGCCUUUGCCAGCAUACCCAUAUAUAGUGAAAACCAUGACAUAUUUACAUUUACAUUUAUUCAUUUAGCCGACACUUUUGUUCAAUGCGACGUACAUCUCAGCAAAGCAAAUAUUUAUCAAGACUUCAUUUGCAGAAUGAUCAGGGUUGCAUUUUUCUAAAAUUUUAGUUAACUGGGUCAUCUGAAAAUGUCCAUUGUGUUCAGCUGCAAAAUGAUCAGAGUUCCAUCACGUGAGUGUAUUAGCCAAUAAGAACUAAGUAAUGGCUGUGCUAAUGAAGUAACAGUGUUUUGAUUUGAACUGAACUGAACUGAAUUGAAGGCUUUUGUUGUUACUGUACUGCUGUGUAAUAUAACGAAAUUACAGUUUCAGAUGAAAUUACAGACAUGACAGUAGAAUUUGAUAAGUGAAACACAUUUUUGUGUGUAUUCUGCUUGAAUAGCUUCAUAAUAUGUCUGGAAAUAGUAGUUCUGAUAAAUAUGAACAUCCAGUAGUAACUAAUAAGCCGAAGAAAAGAUAGAUAUUAGGAUUCAAGAGAAAAACAGAAGAAGCAACGGUUAUGUGGUCAUGUUGGUGAUGUUGACUGCUCGUUAUCAACUUUAAAAAGGGCUAUAUUACCAAGAAUGAGCAAGAUGCUUAUCUUGCUUCCCUAAGCUGUCAGAACAUUGCUUGACAUCGUUCUAGAAAGCAGUCUGAGGAGUGCCACUUGAAUGACUUCUCGUAUUCAUAUCAAGUUUAGGUUGUUGUGGUUGUUGAGUUGUUCCUAUUUUUGGUGUAACUAACAGGAGGCUUCAAGCAAUAAAACACGCCAUUGCUGCAACAGGAAAA